ACUGUUUAAAUACCAGGGAGGGAUGGGGGAGGUGUUUCAAACCCCAAGAUUUAUGUGGGUUGGCCUGGUUUCAGAGCAGAAAAGCCGAAUAGAAGAGCCACCUACUUCUGAUGCAUAACAGUGAUUUAGAAGAACAGGACAACUUCCUUCCUUGUACGUAAAUGAAAGUGAAAGUAACUUUUGUACAGCUGAACUGACACACAAGAGGACAGAACUGCUCCACAAAAGAGAUACUACAGCUAUCAGAUUAUAGAUCUCAAGAUGGCCGACCAGACAGUUGAGGAGAUAAUUUCAGAUGGAGGAUCCCAAGUGAAACUCAAGAUUACACUUCGCACUCAAUGUCCUGCCUCUAGCCAGUUGCAGGGAGAAUUUGUACAUGUUGGAGACCAGAAAGUGACAGAAGAAGAUUUGAGAAGAGAGAUACAGAAAUACAAGGAGCAGCAUUCAGCCCUAAUAGAUGACAUAGCUAAACUGGAGCAGAAGAAGUGGGAAACAGAGUCCUUGACCCAGAAGGUGCAGGACAGAGGGAAUUCUGCAGAGAGUACCUUAUUGGAGAAUGAAAAACAGCUGCAUGAAAAGGAGCUAAAGUUUCAGGAGAGUGUUAGAAACAUUUCGUUGGAGAAUCAAAAGCUGAAGGAACAGGCAGAAGACAUAAAAGAGAGGAUUGUCUAUUUUGAACAAGAAACAAAGAAACUAGAAGAUAUUUGUGCUUCCGGAAUGGAGAGAAAAGUAGUCUUCAAGGGAAAAAUAAGCGACAACAGAAAUGGACUGAGUGUCAAACAUCGAAUAAGAUAUCCUGUCAAUAGCGGAACAGCACUUAUCACCUUUGACGAACCAUCUGUUGCUGCAGAAGUUAUUGCCCAGAAGCAUCACAAGAUAAAGAUUGAAGGGUGCUGGAUACAUGCGAAGGCCGAGCCUGUCGUGCUUUUAGUUUUGGAUUCUCUUAGUAUGGAUAUGAAUGUGAGUACCCGGAAGAUCCUAGUGUCCAAUCUUCCAACCUCCAUGCAAGAGGAAAAUCUCUUGGACAAGCUGGAGCUGUUUUUUUCCAAAGCCAAGAAUGGUGGCGGAGAGGUGGAUGGUAGAGGGUUUAUUCCCGAAUUCAAAAGUGCAAUCCUUAGUUUCCUAAAUGAAGGAGUUGCACCACGCUUGGUGGAAAAAAAGCACUUUGCUGUGCCUUUUGGGAACUUUACUCACAAUGUCCAAGUAUCACCUUCAUUAAAUGGCAACCUAACAAACCACCAGAUGAAGCAUCUGGUGUGUAACCGGACAGUGUUGCUCACCAGUAUUCCUGAUAUCAUGGAUUCAGAUGAUCUGCAGGAUCUAUUGGCGCUCCACUUUCAGAAAUCCGGUGAAGUUCAGGCAUUGCUAUACUGCGCAGAAGGACAGAACCACGUAGCUCUGUUUGAAGACGAUGAGAUACCAAGCACGGAGUGAUUCACUAAACAAAAUAAAAUACCCUCACUGGGUUUAGUUGGUGGUUUGUUUCCUUUAUAAAAUUAUCUCUGCAUAUGACCAUAUUAUAAAUUGGUUCUUUGACUACUGGGAUUCAGGGUAGGGCUGUCCCACAGGGGGGUACAGGUGGAAAUCCCUGGUGGAGCCAGUGCCUGUGGGCCCCAUCCCCUCCUUUAAUGUCAGGUUCCAGACCGUGCACUCGCAUUAUAUAGUGUUACUCUAUUAGAGGGUCAGUUACGUGGCAGAGCAGAAACAUGGAUGCACAUGGCUGCUUGGCUUGCUUCUAUAGAAACUACACCAAGAUCCACCCUCUUGCCAAUCAAAUUUAGUGGUUGCGUUAACAUAUUUAUAUGGGCCCAGGCACUAUAGUAACCAUGUUGUCUGCAGGUUAUGGAAACAAGGAAGACAAAGGAUCAGGCAUACAGACAAGUACUUAAAAUCUGUCUUUUAAUAGUUCAUAUUAAAAUUAUAUAUAUAUAUAUAAAAUCAGAAAUUCAAACAACGAAAUAUGGGUUACAACAAUUGCAUAUGUGUAUAAGAAAAGAAUUUUGUGAAUUAAAAUAAUUCAACUGUGUA